UUCACCAGUUGGUUUUUCGCACUUGCGGAAGAGAGUGCCUCAGUGGCUAACGCUUAUUGUUGCGUGUUCUAUUUCGUAAUACACAGUCAUAUUCACAUAACAAUGGUCUCGCCACUAAUCAAACAAUCAUGGAUAGUGCUGGGCACGCUGCUGUGUCACUUCUCCGGCGGUGUGGUCAACAGCUACCCCGCCUGCCUGCUCCCCGCUCUGAUGGCCAAGGAUUCCCCCAUCCCAGUGGACCGGGACACGGCUUCCUGGAUUGCUUCAUCCAUGGUGUUCGGAGGGUGGCUCGGCAACAUUGCAGGCGCUUACUUCCUCGACAAGUUGGGUCGCAAGCUGUCCCACAUCCUCUUCAUCAUCCCGAGCAUCCUGGGCUGGCUGCUCAUCUACUUCGCCACCAACGUGCCCAUGCUGAUCAUCGGGAGAAUCGCUAAAGGCUUCUCUCUGCUCGCCACCUACAAUAUAGGGCUAUGCGUAGUGGCAGAAUACACAGCGCCUGAAGUGCGCGGGCUCAUGUUCAGUCUUAAAACAUUGUCUUUCGUUGUGAGUACCCUUUUGACGCACUUGGUAGGAAUCUAUUUCCACUGGAGGACGGUGGCGCUGAUCGCGACGGUGCCGCUGCUGGCGAGCCUGGGCGUGACGAGCUCGUGGCCCGAGAGCCCGGCGUGGCUGCUGCUGCGCGGGGAGCGGCGCCGCGCCGGGGACGCCUUCCGCUGGCUGCGCGGCUCCGGCGCGCGCGCACAGCGGGAGUUCCAGGCCAUGCUGCAGGCGCAGCACGAGCGGACACUCAACACACAGGCGCCCAAAAGUCUCACAGACAAAAUGCUACAUUUCUUCAGAUGGUUUACCAAGAGGGAAUUCGUCAAACCUUUGAUCAUAUAUUUCGCUUUGUGCGUGUGUCUGGAAGGAUCCGGACGUCAUAUUAUCCCUGUGUUUUCAACGUCUAUUAUGACCGAAAUUCUGCCUGAGAAGAUGGAUGUCUCGGUGUACAUCAUCAGCUUCGACAUUAUUUCUGUGAUAGGCAAUGUCAUGUCGUGCCUCAUAAUUAAGUUUUUAAAUCGAAGAACGAUUUUAUUUUGGAGUGGUUUUGUAUCUGCUGCAAUUUUGUCCAUAUUUUCUUUGUAUGGUUAUUUGAUAUAUGUAGAUGUUAUGACCAGUAGACCUUGGUUGUUGGUGUCCAUUUUAGUUUGCUAUCUUAUGGUUUCAAAUGUUGGUAUUUCCUCCUUACCUUUAGUUAUAUCAGGAGAGAUAUUUCCACUUGCUAUUAGAGAGACAUCCACUGCAGUUGCCAAUUUUAUUGCAUUAUUAUUCCUUUUUACUGUUUUAAGAGUAACAUUGAUUUUGUUCAAUCUACUGACAGUAUACGGUGCCUUUGCUGUGCUAGCUAUCUUGUUACUAAUAAGUCUGAUAUACAUGUACUAUUAUCUGCCAGAAACUAGGAAUAAAUCAAUGCAAGAAAUUGAGGAUUACUUCUACUAUGGGAGGUCUUAUAAAAGGGAAUUGACUAAAGACACAGACCCAGAAGUGGAGGCGAUGGUUUGUUCUGUCGAUGUGAACAAACCUUUGUAAACAUGUAGGUUUAACCUUUUGGGUCAUCAUACCAUAACUAA